CAUCGUUAUUGUCGGAUAAAACAGAGAGCAACAGUAACUGAAUUUGGGGCGAAUCAUACCUAUCACAAUGGAUCAAUGAACUCUUAACACUCUCUUUAAUUAUCCGUUAUCGAACCCAACAAUCGCUCACAUGGUUUGCGAAUCGAGCUCUGAAAAUGCCAUGGCUAGUCACUGCUAAGUACGGCAUUCUUCGCCGCUUGUCGGUCACAUGGAUAUUCGGCGAGGAGCAAAUGCAAUAUGCACUGUUUCGACUACGACGGGGAGACGCAUUCUGCUUCUAUUGCCAAGACACAACGAUCAUCAAGUGAUUCAGAUGAGGCCAUCUUCAUAUCACAUGUGGUGAGGGUUUGCGAGAUUCAGAAAGUGCUGCACAUUAGUGGGGUUCAUACCUAUGUGAUUAACAACCAUGGCUAGAGUCACUGCUAAGUUUGGCAUUCUUCACCGCUUGUCGGUCACAUGGAUAGUCGGCGAGGAGCGAAUGCAAUAUGUACUGCUUAUACUACAUGGGGGCUCUGCUUCUAUUGUCAUGAAACAAGGAUCAUCAAGUAAUUCAGACGAGGCCAUCUUCGUUUCACGAUGUGGUGAGGCUUUGAGAGAUUCUGAAAGUGCUGGGCAUCAGUGGGGUACAAACCUAUGUGAUUAACAGUUCCAGAGUCAUGUUGUUCCCGAACGAGAGGCAACUGCUGGAAAAUCUGGUGAAGGAGUCGCUCAUUUAUGCGAAAUCUGUGGAAGAAGCUUAUGGGAUCUAUUUCGGUUUGGUUCUAUUCAUUGGACUGUCAGGUUAGGAUCAAGUCUCUUUCUAAUCAUUAUCAUUCACUAUCCACCAUUAUCACAACAACACACUACUUGAUUAUGAUGUGCAUAAAUCAUAAUUUUUACAGUCUUUACCCUGCGUUUGAGAAAAAUUGUUUCAAUUGUGGAAUUGCUAUUAAAGCAAAUUACUAGCAACAAAUGUGAUACUCUAGUUGGUAAAGAGCAAGUGAUUUGCUAUGACGUUGCUUUUGAAGAUCACUUAUCAGACAUCCUCACGAGCUGUAGGAAGAGAAGGAUUACUUGGAAAGAAGUGAUGGAUUCAUUGAAGCACCUGCCUCUUUUGCUUGGAAAUUUUGAAGGAUGCUUAUUUGUUAUAUUGAUCAUAGGAAUCACUAUAAUGAUGUCUAUGAGUUCUCUUAUGAAAUCAAGAGAGGAUGGAAAUUAGAUUGUCUUGCUUGGGUCAUAGAAUCUGUGAAACAUGAGAAGUGCCACUUCUCGAUGGCAGUAAGAUCACUCAAAGAGAUGCUAAAGGAUAGAUAAGUAAUAACACUUCAAUUGAAUUAAAGUGGCUGAGAAAGAUAAGAGUAAUGCAAAAGAAAACCAAGAGGAAGAGAUGAGGGUUCUGAAGCUGGCUGGAAGACUGUAGAAAAGAGGGGCAUAGUAGGUCCUCUUGGGUUCUUUUAGUAUUGGAGGAGGAAAAGGCGGUAUCUGGGUGGUAAGCCCAGAAUUAAUGUGGGUGGCGAAUAGGUUUUCGUGUGAAUAAGAACCCCAUUGUAGAUGGAGAUGAAAUUGCCUAUAGUUAUUCAGGAGGAGUGGACAAUAAGAAUAAAGAUCACAAUGAGGGAGUGUCUAAGGUUGUUCUGAAGAUUAGACAAAAGCCUUCAAUGGGAUGAGGAAGGGGAAGGGAUGUUCUUUGCAGAACUAGUCAGCAUAUCAGUUUCCCUAGUGUAGAUCUUUCCUGACCUUUUUGAGGGAUUUUGGUUAUAGAUCUUUAUUGGGUUUGAUGACUUGAUCCUUUAUAGGAUUCAAUAUUUGUAGGUCUUUUCUGGAUUUCUAUUGUUUUAAGGGACGUUAGAGACCAAAUAACCAUACACAAUUAGGGUUUAGUACCUAAAUUUUUUUUCAAAGUAGAGUACUAUAGAUUAUUUUCUCCUAGAUAUAUAUAAGUUUUACUGUGAAAUGUAGUUUUUUCAAUUCGAUAACUGUAUAUUGGGAUGUUAUUACACUUCUCUCAUUUUCAAUAAAUAAAUAAAGAGGCAGUAUGGUUCCCGGGUACAAGCAAACAUGUGGCCCAAUGGUAGAGUUACAGGGGUGCAACCUAGAGGUAGCAGGUUCAAUUCUUAGAAACAGUAUCUCCACAUAUUAUGUUGGGGUAAGAUAUGAGUACAUUUUGUUUGUCCCCCACCUUGCCUACUAUGGGAGCCUUGUGUAUGGGUGUUGUUUACCUUUUAUGGUUCCCAGGUUUGCUAUUGUGAUAAACCAAGAUAACUAUAUAAUCUAUUUUCCGUUGCCAUGGAUAGAGUCAAUAGGAAAAUAUAUAGAAUCAUAUGAUCAUGGUUUUCCCUAAGGUGGAGAUCAUUACCUACAUUUAACAUCAUUUAUUGUUCACAAUCAUGCGCAUGCCUAAUUGGUCUGGAUUCAUGAUCAUACUGAUUGAAUGAAGUAAAAUCCUUAUAAGCUCAUAGUUCCUAAUAUAAAAAGCAAACGAAGAGGUAAUCAUGUUAAGUAGAAUUUACUAAGUGUAAACUCUAAUACUUGGGAAAAAAGGAGGUAAGAUACUGAUCUCAUCCGAGUUUAAUGCAUUAGCCUUUUAGCUUAUGGACAUCUUGAAAAGAUUCUAUCACUACUUGGUAUAACUCUGGUAAUCUAUAGAUCCUCUCCGUAGGUAAUGUUAUUGACUACAAUUGUAUUCUCGUUUAUUAUGACAUGCCGAGCUGGCAAUGAAGAUUUUGUGAAUGUUUAGCUAUCCUCCCUUGGACAAUGAACUCUCUGCUAGAUUGUAGAGUAAGGAUUGUUUCCCUUCAUGGGGAAGUCCAAUCUCCUAUGAUGAAACUCACCUAGUUGUGGCUUGACUAGUAUCCCCAAUAGUUCUAUCUAGGACCUUUUGCUCUUUUGAUUCGAUUGAAGGGGUUUUUUCUUUGAAUAAUUUUUGACACUACUCUCAGUUCUUAUACUCUUAGAGCUUCAUUUGUAUUUCUUUACUGUUUUUAAAUGGAGAGCUAGGCCCUAUCGUCUUUGUUCAAUAAGGAUCUAAAGUGAGCUCUGUAGGCUGGUCACUGGUGGAUGUCAUACGGUGGUUAGGAAUCAUUCUGGUUAUGGAGACUGCAUGCUUCUCCAUUAGGUUUUCAAAAGUCCUAGACAUGCUGCAAUAUUAUCUUUAAUGGUUAACUUGUGAGGUUUUUUUGAGUGUCCGGUUAAAACUUAGAAACGGUAGAAAAGUUACAUUAUUUGCAAAUUCUCACGGAAUAAAUUUGCAACGUUAUGAGUCAAACUGAGCUCGAGGGGUAGUUUAACAGUAUGGCUAGACCUAAUUAAACACCUACACUACUACAAAUCCUUGGGUGAUCUAGGCGGCCUAUAUCACUGGUUGUUGCACUCGGAUACCCAAGUCAAGGUAAGGGUUUAAAAGAGUAAAUAGUUAUUACAGAUUGUUAGAUUUGGAUUCCACUGGGGAAACUAUAACAAUGACACAUGCCAAAUAUUAGUUUUAAAUUGGGCCUAAGGUUUUAUUUGAAAAGCCCAAACCUGAGUAAUUAAGAAGCGGGCGUACUAAUUUCUUAUUUAUUAAGCCUAAGAUCAUGUUUUCCCCAAUUCACCAUUUCAGAAUUAGGGCCGCCGAAACUACCGAAGUGCCUUCCUUUUAUAGAGAGUGCAUUGUCCGUCCUCGUUAGUGUCAUUCGUUGAUCUGUUUCUAGUCACAUCAUUUGAGCUUGCUGGUGAUUGAAUCUUGUUAGAAGGCUAUUAGUCCAAUCGUAAGAGAUUCACUUUUGUGGGUUAUCUUUUCGAGGUAUGUACUUGAUUGUUAUGAUUUAUUUUCAUUCCAAGGUUUUUCUAUGCUUAUUUUGACCUAGUUUUGUAGUAACUCAAUCCAUGUUUCUACAAGAUCAUGUUUUUUUAGUGUCUGUCACUUGAUAAAAAGUAUUUUUGGUCUUUUUUUUGUUUUGUUUAGUCUACUGGUCUCUCCAAUGUCAAAUUUGAGUUGUUGUUUCGAUAAUACUUGAUUUAGGUGUUAAUUGUGGUAUUUUGUUCUUUCAAUAGUUAAAUAAGGCUAUCAUCCAAUCGUAAGAGAUUCAAUUUUGUGGGUUUAUCUUUUCAAGGUAUGUACUUGAUUCUUAUGAUUUAUUUUCAUUCCAAGGUUUUCUAUGCUUAUUUGCUCCUUGAUUUGUAGUAACUCAAUCCAUGUUUCUACAAGAUCAUGUUUUUUUUAUGGUCUUUCACUUGAUAAAAAAUAUCUUUGGUCUUUUCUUCUUUUUUUUUCUCGUUGUGUUUAGUCUACUCCUUGAUGUCAAAUUUGAGGAAUUGUUUCGAUAAUACUUGAUUUAGGUGUUAGUUGUGGUAUUUUGGUCUUUCAAUACUUAAAUUCUUCAUUAACUAAAAAUGAUUUUAUUCAAUUUUUGGGUUUUGCACUAUGCAAAGUAGACAUGUGAAAGUUUGGGGUAUCUUACUUUUCCCGCUCCUUUGUCUUUCUUUUAAUUGGUUUAGGCGAUAUGCCUAGAAAUUAAAAAUUAUUAUAGGGUCGGGCUUAGUCUUAAACAUUUGGCACUUGAUUUUGCACAAAAGCCUAACCUAUAGCCGACCCAAGCCCAUUUUUAUUUCCUUGGACAUUAGUUAUUUUAAAGUAAACAACAAACCAAAUGAGUGAUUUGAGAUAACGGACUCUCAAAUGAGAUCACUGGAAGCCAUUCACUUGAGUUAGGCUUUCAAUUAGUUUGAGUGAAUAUAUCAGUUUCAGCUUUGGAUGGGAUAGCUUUUGCCUCAACACAUUUGGAUAAGGUAUAUAUACAAACAUUCAUAAACUUCUGACAUUAUUAUCUUAGUGGAUGGACAACAUUAAGGGUUUAAUUAGGAGCUAGAAACUCAUUACAACUUUAGUUCUACAUUAUGUCCUGCAAUAAUAUGUGGAAUGUUGGGCUAUUAAGAAAGUAAAUGACUCAUGACUGAUUGAAGUGGGUUUAAUUAUCUCAACUUUUAUGGCAGUUUGAUAGUUUGCAACACUUUAUGAAUUAUGCUAAAUACAAGAUUUAGCAAAUCCAAUAUCAACUGUUGAAUUCUUGUAUCUUUUCAUUCAAAUUUUUUCCUUAAAAAAAUAGUCGGUAAGUUUGCUUUAAGGAUUUUUGGGGUUUUCCACUCUCUGUCUGUUUCUCUGGAGGGAUUCAGGCUUCUUCACAUUUCAUUUCUCUGUCUUCUCUCUCUAAAGUUAUGUGAGAGAACUGUGUUAUUGUUUUUAUGGAAUGGUGACAAGGUUUGCCUUCUUCUUACUUUGCAUUGGCAUUUAAAUGAUUAUUUCUUGUUCAUUUGUGUUGCUGCAGUAGUGACAGGGUGGCAUGUUUCUUACCCCACUUUUUUUUUUUUAAAAAAAUUAUCGUAUAAUGAGUAUUUCUUAUUUUCUAUAUGCGCAUACUUCUAUUUUGAAUUUUUGAGGAGUGAUAUUCUUCUAUUUUUUUCCGAAAUGCCGUUGUUCUAUAAUUAUUGUUAAUUUUUUCUUCUUCAUUUUGUUCUUUGUGUUGGUAAUCAAAUAAUCUCUCUAAGAUGAUAAUUCUCAUAUAAUUUCAGGUACUACCAGAGUUUAUGACGGGCUGAUUUAACCCAAAUGAGAAUGGGCAACAUCAUGCACCUUAUCCGAAACGCAAGCCAUGGGAAUAUAAUUUUCCGAGAUUAGUUCAUUAAGAGCCUGAAUUCCCUCCUUUAGAGUGAAACUACCAACAUGAGUGCGAAUUCGAACAAUGUUUCUCCUUCUAUAAGUCGUGGCAUUAGAAACUCAUCUGGAACUGCUCAUGAUCAACGCAGAGGACCAGUUGCUGUGGUGGAAAGGAGCCAACCUUUGGGGGUUAGGCGGGAAACUGUCCAGCGGACUUUGGCGUUGUAUAGGGAGGAAUUAGAUAAGCUGUCCCGUGAGAAGAAAGGACCCAAAACAUCUCUUCCGACAGUUGUAGCCAAUAUCUUCCAGAAACACCAAAGGUGUUUGAACGCUACAAAACGAAUUGGACAUGUUUCUGGAAUCCAAGUCGGUGACAGAUUUCAGUACCGGGCAGAAUUAUUUAUCAUCGGCCUUCACCGUCAGCGAUCAAAUGGUAUCGAUUUCAAAAGGGGUGAGAACGGUCAAAAUCUGGCAAUAAGCAUUGUGGCUUCUGGGUGCUAUUAUAAUGACAUGAGCUCCCCAGAUGAAAUAGUUUAUUGUGGGCAGGGAGGGAAUCCAACUGUCAGUAGCAGAAUAGUCGAUCAGAGAUGGACAGGAGGUAACCUUGCAUUGAGGAACAGCAUAAGAGCCAGAAACCCCAUAAGGGUUAUUCGCGGGUUCAAGUACUCCAAGCCAUCCGCCACAGAUGGCACAAAGUCUGGGUAUGUAUAUGUUGGUUUGUACUAUGUCAAGGAGUGGAAACAAGAGCGUGGAAGGUAUGGCAAGCUUGUGUUCAAGUUCACCUUAAAGAGGAUUAUUGAAUAACCUGAGAUUCCUUCAGGUAACAAUUAGAUUCCGCGUUUUGAUAAGUCUACAAUUAGAUUCCUUCAGCUGUUUUGUACUGAAAAGUUGAGGAGUUGAGAAAUAUUGUUAAAACUCAAGUGGUGGUGAGGUGUUAAAACCUUUUUGUUUAAAUUUUAUUAAGAAGUUUGUA